AUGCCCACUUGCUCUGCUAUUUCUCAGAAAAAAGGAAGACUGUACUACUUGGUCAGAGUACUUAUCCCUGUGGUUAGCUUCAUAUCACUCGUAUUGUUAAUUUACUUUGCACGCCUGGGGGCCAAGACACCAAGAAGAGCAUCCUUAUUGUUGCUUUAUUCUGGCAAUCAUUUUCCUAGACUAUCCUACAGGGAUAUAGCUCAAGCUACACAGAGCUUUUCUGAGUCUAACCUGGUUGGCAGAGGAAGCUACGGUUCAGUAUAUAGAGGAAAGUUAACUCAAGCAAAAAUACAAGUGGCUAUUAAAGUUUUUGACCUCGAUGUGAGAUACGCAGACAAAAGUUUCAUAUCAGAAUGUGAGGUUUUGAGAAGUAUUCGACAUCGAAAUCUUGUUUCUAUCCUAACAGCAUGUUCAACAAUAGAUAAUGAUGGUAACGCUUUCAAAGCUCUAAUUUAUGAGUUCAUGCCAAACGGGAAUUUGGACACAUGGUUACACACAAAAUCUGCUGGUGAAGGUCCAAGGAUUUUGAGCUUAGGGCAAAGAAUAAGCAUCGCUAUUAAUAUCGCUGAUGCAUUGGCCUACUUACACCAUGAUAUAACAAGAUCCAUUGUCCAUUGCGAUCUGAAACCCAGCAAUAUCCUCCUGGACACUGAUAUGAAUGCAUAUUUGGGUGACUUCGGCAUUGCAAACCUCGUCCGUAAUUCAAAGUCAACAUCAGUUGGGCAUUCAAGUUCAGCCUCAACUUCAGAUGGCUCAAUUGGAUUGAAAGGAACUAUAGGAUAUAUUGCUCCAGAGUAUGCUCAAACUGGCCAAGCAUCAACUUUUUGGGACGUUUACAGUUUUGGAGUAGUUCUUCUAGAGAUGCUGAUAGGUAAAAGACCAACAGACCCUAUGUUUGACAACGAACUCAACAUUGUCAAUUUCGUGGAGAGGAACUCUCCAGAUCAGAUACUGCAUAUCAUCGAUGAUCGUCUGCAAGAAGAGUGCAAGGGAUUCAUUCGUGCAACAGCGGAAGCAGGAAAUGUGGUAUAUCAGUGCUUGGUGUCCCUUGUGCAAGUAGCUCUGUCUUGUACCCGUCUGUUCCCAAGAGAGCGAAUGAACAUGAGAAAAGUAGCCAUGAAAUUGCAGGCAGCCAGAACAUCAUAUAUAUGUUGGAGCAAACAAGCCAGAGCAAGUUAAGCCACGCUAUAGUGAUUUGGCAAUUGACACUGAACUUUGUAUAACUUGUCUCACGUGAUUUGCAAUGUACUCCUCCUAGUGAUCUAAAAGGUCUUAUAUUAGCUUACAGAGGGAGUACCAUCGAG